AUGUCCUUGUCGAAUGAGGCAAUAGAUGUCGUGGUACGCUUCUCGACGUCCAAUCCCGAUGUGGUGCUCAACAUCACGAAUCCCGAACAUGUUUCCAUCGCGGCUCUCAAACAACAACUGCGCGAACAGCUCCCAGCACCCGCAUCGAACGCGCGCCUGCGGUUGAUCCACUCUGGCAAAGUUCUCGUCGACGACUCCGCGAUAUCGAAUAGUGUUAGCAUCACACGACCACCUCCUGUUCGAGAUGACGAGGCGAAGAGCACGAAAGCGAAGGGGAAGCUGCCGAUGCGGGAUCUGGCACCAAGAGUGUACAUUCAUUGCUCGAUAGGUGAUCCACUAUCUUCAGAUGAGCUCGCAGGGGAGAGAACAACAGCAGAGGCAGCGGACGCGGCGCUGUUAUCGAAAGAUGCAAAGACUAGUGCCGGCCAAGAGCAACAGCAGCACCAUGAAACGACCACCACGCCUGCCCCUCGCGGCUUCGAUCGCCUUCUGGCAGCUGGCUUCGCACCAGCAGAAGUAGCUGAUUUGCGAGCACAAUUUCUCGCUAUACAGGCUCACACACAUACACCCGAUACCAUGCCUAUGGGCCAGGAACUGCUAGCACUGGAAGAGAGGUGGCUGGAUCAGGGAGCCGGUGGAGGCGCUGGUGACGCUCAGGAGAAUGGAGGAUUUGACUCAGAAGAUGCCGGUGCGCUGGAAGACAUGCUUUAUGGCAACCUGAUUGGAUUCUUCUGGCCUAUUGGAGGAGCCUUCUGGUUGAUGAGAGAGGAAGGCGUUUGGAGCCGCAGAAGGCAGUUUGCAGUCCUUUCUGGAUUCGUGAUUAACUUGACGAUGGGCUUGUCAAGAUUUCUCAGCUGA